UCUGAUGCUCCUCCUCCUCCUCAGCCUCCCGGAUGUGUGUGUCAAUAUUUACUUCUGGGAUUACAAGGUGUCUCGGGUCGUGUGUUUUGAUGGCUAGUGAUCCCUAGUGUGUUGUGUGUGAGAGCUUCCUCGCCCGCCAGACAUGUAUCAGGACUCCAGUGUUGUGGAAGAUGCAGAGUACCACAUUAUGUACGAGCAUUAUGAUCAUAUCAAGCUGCCUCAGGAUCCAGCAGCAACCCUUAAGUUGACCUCUGUGGUACACAAUCAGUCUCCUGCUGUGUCUGGUACGGAAUCUCUGGACACGGUUACCUUGUCCGAGGGUGAGGCACUGGCUUCGUCGGCUCUGGUUAACAAUGCUCUCUCUUCAACCACAGUACUCACAACUACAUCUCAUACCAGGACAAUACCGCUCUCGGCACCGCCUCUCUCGGUUGCCGGUACGCUGGCCGUUACGUCUCAUGCUGGUGCAAACACAGUUAAUGUGUCUCCCCACACUACAGCAAAUGCCAUUCCAUCUACAAGCAUGAAUGCGGAUAACAACUUUGGGGAUGCAGCCAUCUCUGCAAGUGACACACUUACUGUUGCUACUAUGUCUGCUGUUGGCUCAUCAACACCAAGUACAGCAUCUCAUGUAGAUAUGAAUCAGAUUGUCAGUACAUCUGAUGAUGCAGUCAUUGAUGGCAACCUUGUUACUUCAUCCUCAAUUGAUGCUGUUGUCACAUCAAUGGUAGCUCCCUCUGACUGCCAAGAUGUGACUGGAAAUGGCCGCAAAUUACCUCCUCAGGUGAUAGUAAAGCUUUUGGGUGAAGAUUCCCUUAGUCUAGAUAUGGUUCGUAUCAUUGCUGAACAGGACGUUGAGAGCAUACCACAUCAUCUACAUGGUUUUAGUAUGCUGACAAGAGCUGGUACACUUGUGCACACCAAAAUUUCGGAGAAUAGUAUCAUAAAUGGUGUGGGUUCUAACCAGUACCGUGCGAAUGAAGUGCUCAGACCAGCAAUUAGAUCUGAAAGAAAGAAUGACACACCGUGCAGUGUGGUGUGGACUUGUGCCUACUGCAACCUAGUAUUCACUAGCUCAGAAGCUGUUGCAUGCCACCAGGAGAAAGAUUGCACAGAGAACCCCAACAACUUGACUUUUGCAACAUCAACAUCCCAGUCUACUGUUGAUGCUUUAAUGUCACCUUUGAGACAACCUGAAGAACCUACAUAUGAACUUAAGAUAGAAAGAGAGCCUAUGAGAAGUGAUGAUGCACAUAAUAUUCUUGAUGGACACAUUCCAGAAGAUGAUGUGGAGGACGAGGCAGACUGCGAAACAAUGUGGAGCUGUGCUGUGUGUGGCAGCGAGUUUACCCAACCCAAAGAUUUAAGUCGGCAUCAUAUGACUCACACAGUUCAGGAACUCUCAUCAGCUUUAUUCAGGUUUACAACACCUCAUCAGAAAGUCAAGAGGCGUAAAAAUAUUGCUGCUCCGAGUUCAUUAACCACAACCACUAUUCAGAACUUACAGACCAACAGUUCAGAAUGUAGAUGGAAUAAAGAGAGGACAGAUACAGCAGUCACUAAAAUAGAAGAAGAAAUGGUAGAUGAUCCUGGAGAUACACCUCCUCAUACUCCUCCUCAAGAACAUGUUAAAAAGUUCAAGAGAAAGCCUGGGCCUAAAGCAAAGCCACGUGAGAAGACUGAAAAGCGAAAGUAUGUGAGAAAAUUGGGAGAAGAUGGCAAAUUAAUUCGACAGCGUGAAUACAAGAUGCCCCCUGCAGGUCAGGGAAGUCGGGACCCUCAUACUUGCUACAUAUGCAACAAAGUGUUAAGCUCUAGAGGCAAUUUAGCCAAGCACCUGGUGUUGCACAACUUAAAUAAACCCUGGAUGUGUGAAAUGUGUGGGAUGGGGUUCAAUGCCAAGCGUGACCAUCACCAUCACUAUUUACAACGCCACACCAAUGAGCGGCCUAACAUCUGCAAAGUGUGUGGGAAAGGGUAUGUGGAUAGCAAUUACCUGCUAGAGCAUAUGGUGUUUCAUAGACAAGAAAGGCCAUUUUCCUGUGAUAUAUGUGGUAAAUUAUUUAGAACUUCCAAAUGUGUUGUAAGACAUAAAAAGCGACACGAAAAAGAGAGGCAUUUUACCUGCGCACUGUGUUUUAAGUCAUUUGCUGUGAAAACUGAUCUCACGUCUCACAUCCGGAAGGUUCAUCACAGUGAUAAAAAACCUCAGCUGGUGAAGCAGCAGCAUCAACCCCAACAACACCAGCAGCAAGAACAGGACAGUCAAGUCAAGUCAAAGGAUCUGACAGAAUUUCUGUUGCCCGGAGAAACGCCCGCACAUCUCAUCCCAGAGCAGCUACUGCCGUCUGACUUGGAAUCUGCGAGUCUCGGCGGCUCUGUUUCGGCAAAAGAUGGAAUUUUUAUCAGCAGCGAUCCAUUAUCAGUCCCAUCAAUCAUUCCAAUCAGUGGUUCAGGAGAGAAUGGAGUAAAUUGUUCAUACAGUGUAGCGUUAACAACACCUGCAGGAGGCCCAGGAGCAAGCUCUUCCAUGGGGGAUCAUGCAACUUACAUCAUGAUAAACAGUGGUGAUGAGGAAGUUGCUCCUCAUACGGUAUCAUCAACAGAUGGUCUUAACAUCAUGUAUACCACCACUCCAGCUUCUGCACAACAGGUUACUGACCUUGAUGGAAGUCAUCUUGAUGAAAUGCAACACCUUUCAUCAUCGGUUGGAUCAUCCUUAGUAAGAGGUGAUGGGCGGCUUCAAAACUCGAGCCUCCACCACCCUCUUGGUGGACAGCAUCAAGGACAAGACACAGCAACAAUUAACACAGAUGAACCUGGCUUAGAUGAUAAUCAGCGAUCAGACCUUGGUUUAACUGGUAAUUCAGGUGAUCCGUCAGCUAGUGACCAUUGCUCUACACCAGGCCAUGCUGCACGGGAUCCAAACCCUGGGUUUCAUCUUGAGCUCCUUUCGCAGACUAUUCAGUUAGAGUUGCAACGAACUCAAUCAUCAUCUGCAAGCUAUUUAGGAUAAAAUACUAUAUCUUUCCAUUUUAUAGAAAUCAAAUAUUAUUAAAAUAGAUUUUAUUAUUUUUAUUGACAAAUAUAAUUAAUUUUAUUGA